AUGGCGAAAAAAAAUUGUUGCGACAACGUUCGUGACGUUACAUCUGAACAUUUGUCAAAUUUAAAGAAAUUCGAAGAAGACGAAUCACAAAGGUAUCGUAGAGGAAGUGACGUAGAAAGAAAAACUCAAGUCGAAGAAGAAUCUGAUGAUACCUACGAUGAUGAAGAAGAUGAUAGCGACAUGUUUAUGGAACCGAUGGAAAUAGAAAAAAUUCAAGUCAAACCCGAUGAAAAUGAAGAGAAAAUUAGUUCGAGUGAAAUUUCACAAUCGGAAAAUAUAAAAACGGAAAUAGAAAACGAACGAUCACUUCCGGCGACGAAUGGAAAAAUUCUUCCAUCUUACGAUAAUCAACAAAUGGCACAACAUUUUUUCCCAUCUUUUGCUCCGAUAUUUUCUUUGGGUCAUUCAAGACCUCCUCAAUUAUAUCAUCAGGAUCCAUUUUACACAAGCAAAGCAAGAGUAUCAACGAGUUUUACAACAGAUUAUAAUCCUUUUAGGGUUUACAGAGAUAAUUCUUUUACCGUACCUAUUUCGUUUGAUGAUGAAGCAAUAACAACAAAUAUAUUAGGUUCGGGAAAUUUUGGUGUACUCAGAGGAGGUGACAAUUAUCUUUUGGGAUCUCAUUAUUCCAACAACGGUCACGGAAGACCUUAUUUUUCAAAUCCCCGACCACAAAAAUACACGAACGGAGAUUUUUUUUCAAAUUUUAGAGAUUUUGCGGAAAUAAACACUCCGGCGAAACCAUCAUAUUCUCAAUAUAUAGUCGUUUACAUAAAUAAAAAUUCAACAAAAUACGAUGAAAAUGAUCAUCCGGUAACAUCAAAAUCAAUAACUAAACCUAAAAAUAUAUUCGAACAAUUAGUUUUAUUAGAUCAAGGAGGAGGAGAAGGAGGAGACAAUGAUGAGGAUGAUGACGGUGGUUCUUCUUCUUACGAUGAUGAAAUAAAAAAUUCAGAAGAACAGAAAAAAAUAUCACAUCACAAACAAAAAUUAGAACUUUAUAAACAAGAAAAAUCAAAUAAAAAUAUUAAAUCUUAUUAUAAAUACAGAGAAUCUGGAAAAGAAUUUUUGGAGCCGUUGUUGGCGCUAAGUUGA